AUUCUUGCAGACGACACUCACGGCCUCCACGACUCAUACAAACCCUCCAUCCAUCACUUCACUCAGCCUACUCUACUGACAAUGUUGAAAAUAUGGAGCAUGAAGAAGAAUGAGGACGCUGCGGCAAAGAAGAAGCCAAAGACAAGCGCCGCCCAGAUUCGAGUGCAAAAGGAUCUCACUGAGCUCGACCUCCCUGCAACGAUGAAGACACAUUUUCCUGAUCCCGCUGAUCUCCUAAACUUUUCUCUAACCAUCACACCCGAUGAAGGCAUGUACAAGGGUGGCGCCUUUGUCUUCUCCUUUGCCAUCAAUACAAACUACCCACACGACCCACCAAAGGUCAAAUGCACACAAACGAUUUAUCAUCCAAACGUCGACUUGGAAGGAAACGUGUGUUUGAAUAUCCUGCGAGAAGAUUGGAAGCCUGUGCUGAAUCUAAACUCGGUGAUGGUUGGGCUGCAGUAUCUGUUUUUAGAACCAAAUGCAGAUGAUCCUUUGAACAAAGAGGCUGCUCAAGAGAUGACUAAAAACAGGGAACAUUUUUUGCGCAAUGUCAAGGAGUCUAUGCGUGGCGCGAACAUCAAAGGUGUCCAAUACGACAACGUCCUUCGCCAAUAGUUUCUUGGGUGUCUAGUUUUUUUGUCUGUCUCAUUGCUUUCUAUUCUCAUCUGCACUUUCACCCUUUACGCACAUGAACACUCAUCGUAUCAUCCAUUACGGUUCAUAGAUGCAUGAUAGAAUGUUCAGAUCAUACUACUCUGGCAUACUUAGUCGUGUUUCGUUAGACCAUUUGUACAUCCACACCUACUCGCUGUUUAAUUGAUUUGUUAGUACUCU